GUGUAACGCAGCAGCAGACGUCCGACGGUAUGGCCCACAGUAAGGUAAAAGCUGUAUUCAAUCAAUUCGACUUAGACGGUGAUGGCGUUAUCACAAUCAAGGAACUAACAGAAGGAUUGAAAAGGAUGAACAUCGCGUCAACGCCUGAAGAGGUUUAUAUGUUUAUGAGGGAGGUGGAUCUUGACGGCGAUGGAAAGAUAGAUUUCAACGAGUUCACUAUAUACUACGUUGGUAAGCAACAGCAGAAACUGAAACAACAGACAGCGACCGAUUGUUUGUUUGGGAAGGAAGGGGGAAAAUGUCCGUCCGUUACUGAGCUCCGUACUCGAUUUGCUGAGCUAGACGCAGACGGAAACGGAUUCAUUACCCUAGAUGAACUCAAAGCGGCGCUAAUCAAUAAGAAGGGGAGCUGCACUGACGAGGAAGUGUACAAGUUGAUGAGGGAGGCGGACGAGGACGGCGAUGGCAAAAUCAGCUUUGACGA